GUUGAUGUUCACGGAAAAACAAACUUGAGGAAGCGCGAGCAACCGCUUACACGGGCCAAUAGGCAGAUCUUAUAAACAUUUUGUAACACUGCAACAACGUUACCACAUCACGGAAGAUGAUAUAGCCUACGUUCAAGGUAGAAAGGCUCUGAGCAAAAACUAUUUCUACAGUAACUUUGAAAUUGGAAUGCAAGAGAUUUUUAUCUGAGCGUCAGAGACUGAAAUUGACAACUCACCAUGAAUACUGGUCUAGGACUUUGUCUUUUUCACAUGUGGUUGCUACAGACCAUGGUGACACCUGCACCAGGUUCAGAAGUAGAACCAGAGUUUGUUCGAGCAAUUCCGAACGUUACUGUUGCUGUGGGAAGAGAGGCAAAGCUGGAAUGUAAAGUGAAUCAUCUGGGCAGUUAUAAGGUAGCCUGGAUUAAGUAUGACACACAGACGCUGCUCACGAUUGACACCAACGUCAUUCCACAUGACAAACGUAUACGAGUGACAAACAACAGUUUUCGCCAGUGGUUCCUUCACAUCAAGAAUGUGGUGGAAGAAGACAAAGGUCUCUACAUGUGCCAAAUAAACACAGAACCGAUGAUCAGCAUCACUGGCUACCUGGAUGUUUUACUUCCUCCAACUAUCCUGGAAAACGGGACGAGUUCCGACAUAGUUGUUGGAGAGAGGUCAAGCAUCAGUCUCAGAUGCAAGGCUUCGGGCUAUCCUGCUCCUGUCGUCUUCUGGAGACGAGAGGACGGCAGAACCAUAAAUGUUGGCUCUUACGGCGCAGUCUCCAGCGAAGAGCGCAAAAUUGAGGGAGAGUUUUUGAACCUGACUCACAUCAGCAGGAAGGACAUGGGUGCAUAUCUUUGCAUCGUAUCCAACGGUAUUCCUCCAUCAGUCAGCAAGAGAAUCAUGCUUGAGGUGAAAUUUCAACCGGAAAUCAAAGUUCCCGAUCAAGUGAUUGGUGCAGCAGCAGGAAGGGAUGUCACCCUCGAGUGUAAAAUCGAGGCUUGGCCCAAACCCCUAAUCUCUUGGGAAAGAAAUGAUGGGAAAAUUCUGCUUAACAGCACGAAGUACAGGUUGUAUGAAUCCAGAAACUUGUACAAGAUUGAGAUGAAGCUGAAGAUUCAUAAUUUGCAGAAAGAGGAUUUUACUUCUUAUAAAUGUGUUGCCAAAAAUACACUUGGUGACAAAGAAGGUUUCAUUCGUCUUCACGAGUAUGUUGCUCCUACUCCUACUACAGCAUUCACUGACAGUUACAACAGUUACCAUUCUGGAACAAAAGGGUCUCAUGAAAGCAAAAACUUCAGCUCGCAGGGACGAAAAUCUGUGGAUUUACCAACAUCCAAUUCUCUAAAAGACAAAGUUCAAAAUUCAUCAGCCAAAGGACUUGACUCCAAGAAGAAAGAAGAAAACUUGAGUUACACAGGCUUGAGUGACCGACGUCCUCGGCAGAAACCUGACCUACAGCCACAUCCGUCUAAAAACGCUGGUAUCAGAUACGUUGUAAACCAUAUACUUGGACAAGUCCUACUAGAGUUGCUGUUGUUGUUUAGCAUGUUGACAAGCUGUAUUUCAGUCUAUUGAACAUCUACGAGACCUGGGCGGGAAAAGGCAGGGCUUGUAUAACUGUAGUGGCGGCGGGUUGUUAUUCGAUCGAUACUUUACUCCAGAAAAUAUUCUAAAACUGACAGAGUUUUUACCACUGAACAAUAAAACGCUUUUAGACUGAAGGAUUAUCUUAUUUAAAAAUAUGGCACUUUUCGUUGGACGGAUUACUGAAAGGAAUGUUUGAACAGUUCUUCUCUAGAAAAAUGAAAACUGGUGACUAAAAACGGCGAAGAGUUUGAUUCACGAUACGUAAGGCUUGAAUUCAAAUUCUCGAAGUUUAGUCAAAAGUCAGAAAAUACGUUUACUUUCACUGUGGCUGAAAAUAUAUACUUGCGUUUCUGUGGAUGAAAAGAUGACCUUAUGGAGCAAUGUUUAUAAUGGAAUACUCAAAAAUUCGUGUACUUAGUGUAUUACAUUACAUAGAUGGCCCUAACAUAAAAAUCACCUGAUAUGUAGAUAACAUCUAAUUAGACCAUUUAAGACGAAGCCAAAAUUUAUAAUGUUGUCUUUGGAUACCGAAAAAUUCCUCUCUAAACGCGUUAAGAAUCUCUUGCUAAUAUUUCACAUUCUCUAAAGCUGCGUCAAUAUGAUGCUUGUUCUAUGUUUUCUCUAAAAAUUGAAACUCUAUUUGGAUAACAAUGAAGGGAACGCGGAAAAUGCUACUGACAGUUAAAUUUUAAUUUAUUUUAAUGGAAAUUACUGUGUUAAACGUGGCGUUUGUAAACGGAAAAAUAAGUGUUUUCCUAAUCAACCGGUGUCCAAUCAGCAUCGUCGAUUGGGAUGACUUCUUGAAAGUGUUUAGAAAAGGUGUUAAUUAUAUUUAAGUGUACGAAAUUCACUUCCUAAGCCCCGAACGUAACUAUUUACUUUGCAAAACUUACUUUUGUACGUUGUUAAAUUAUUUGUUUCUCUCGAUAUAUAAAAAUGUUUUCAUGGCUUAUAAUGAGCAUUACUUGCAGGUAACCCAGUAGCUCACCAUUCAGCCUUCGUGACUAGAUAAUUCUGAGUAUAUCUAGUGACUUUCUGUGACGUCAUAAUAAUAUCCGAGUUAUAGAACUCUUUUGUCAUGUAUUGGUACUGAAGCAAGAGAACAAGCAAAAGGGAAGAGUUUUUGUGCCAAAUGAAUGAAAAUUUAUGUUUAAAGUAAAAGCGUCUUACAGUGUUCGUAAAGAAGCACGAGCAAGUAUGACAUAAUAAUUAUUAAGUCAUAUGACGUAAUAAUUAUUCAGUCACUUAAGCUUUCCUUUUUUGUACUAUUUUGAAUUAUCAUAUUUAAAUAUAUAUUGUACUAGUUGGUUCUUGAGGUAAUCGUAAACAUUGUACAACAAUAAUGGUGUUUAUUUCAUUGUUUAGUACUUAUUGUAGAGAGUUUUAUGCGAAAUAUAAUUGUUCUUAAUAACAUUCAUUAUAUAAUUCUUUUUCUUAGCAUCGUAAGACUUGAAUUUUAUCUGCUUCUCCGAAUUUCCAACAACUAGGUUAGUAGAUCGGGUCAGUUUUUUCAAACUUUUAUCUUGCUUUAAAUAGACAUCAAAAGCAUACAAACGCUAAUGUGAUUUUUGAUAGUCAGGGUAACCGCUGAGAAUACACACACACA